GUAUACAGUUCUUGAAACAAAACACAGUAUGCCAUCUAAGUUUCUUAUGAACACAAAAAAAACGUAAAGUUAAGUACAUACAACACAAACACUUUUUAACCAAUAUGAUUCGCAAGCAUCUGAAAGCCAUGACCCGCCAAUUAACCUCCAUUUGGGCCCUACCUCGGAGACUGGCUCAAAGUGCAUCCCAAGCAGCCGCCAAAAAGCCAGAACCAUCUGGGAAGCCUGCACCCCAGGCUGCUGCCAAGAAACCAGCCAAACCAGCCAAGCCCGCGAAGGAUGCCAAAAAACCGGGAAGGGUUAAAAUCCCACCUCCCAAGGGUAGCCUGACCAAUGACAAGACCUGCUUCGGACCUCUGAAGGACUCCGAUCGAAUCUUCCAGAAUCUGUACGGCCGACACGAUUGGAGGCUGAAGGGGGCUUGCCAGCGCGGGGAUUGGCACAAAACGGGGGACAUCCUGGAGCUGGGACCCGAUUGGAUGAUGGACCAGAUAAAGCAGUCCGCACUGCGAGGCCGUGGCGGAGCCGGAUUCUACUGCGCCACCAAGUGGGAGUUCCUGAAACAGGUCAAAUCGGAAAAGGUGCCCAAAAUGCUGGUGGUGAACUGCGCCGAAGGCGAGCCAGGCACCUGCAAGGACCGAGAGAUCCUGCGCCAUGAGCCGCACAAGCUAAUAGAGGGCAUCCUACUGGCCGGAGUGACCAUAGGCUGUGGCCGGGCUAUUAUCUAUAUACGGAAUCGGUUCUACAACGAGGCUUGCAACCUGCACUACGCCCUGGCCGAGGCCUACCACCACGGCCUGGUGGGGGACGGUGCCUGUGGCACGGACAUCAAGUUCGACAUCAUGAUACAGCGGGGCGAUCGGUAUCUGUGUGGCGAGGAAACGGCAAUGCUGAACUGCCUCAUGGGCGAACUUGGAAGACCGCGACGCCGGCCACCGUUCCUCACGGAGAAGGGCUACUUCAACCAUCCGUGUCUGGUCGUCAAUGCGGAGUCUCUGUCCGUGCUGCCCACCCUCCUGAGGAGAGGUCCUUGCUGGUGGACUGGACUAGGACGAAGCUACAACGCCGGCACCAAGCUCUUCUGCAUCAGCGGCGAGGUGAACAAUCCGUGCACCGUCGAGGAGGAGAUGUCCAUGCCGAUGCGGGAAAUAAUCGAACUGCAUGCGGGCGGAGUGCAGGGCGGCUGGGAGAACCUACUGGCCGUUUUCCCUGGAGGCCUUUCCACUGCCCUCCUCGGUCCCGAGGCAGCCGGCGGAGUGAUGAUGGACUUCGACUGCCUGGAGGCGGCGGGAAGCGGCCUGGGAUGCGGUUCCAUCAUUGUGAUGAGCAAGAAGUGCGAUCCGCUGGCGAUAAUGCACCGCGCCAUUGAGUUCUACGAGGAGCACACCUGCAAACAGUGCACCUACUGUCGGGACGGCGCCAUCUGGCUGCCGGAGCUGUUCGGUCGCUUCGCCACGGGCCAGGCCCAUCCCCACGAGAUCGACUGGACCUCGGUAAUAGCGGACAAAAUCAAGAACAGCCGACCAAUCUGUGCCCUGGGGGUCAGCCAAGCCAUCACCGCCGAGAGCAUGGUUCGGAUGUUCAGCGAGCAAAUAAACCAGCGCAUUGUGAAGUUCGCCGAGGGCGCCGACAAAGGCGGAAAGGACGGAAAGGACAAAAAAUGUUAGAUUAUUUAGAGACAAAUGUUGGAUUAUUUAGAGUUUAGUGCAAUGAUUAGUAAUGAUGAAUAAAUGUGGGGUUUGUUAUUAAAGUA